GCAGCGGUGGAGGCGGCACAGUGCCCAGCCACUGACCGCCCCCUCCUUUUCCCCUUCCCCUCCCUUCCCUUCCCCCUCUCUCUGCCUCUCUCCGGCUCUGGGGUCUGCCACACCGGACCCGCUCUCCCCGCGCUGCGCUGGGUCGGACGCCAGGUCUGCGCGCCGCGGCUGAGCGCCCACUCUCCUUGCGGAAAGAGCCGCGAAGGGACCGGCGGAGGCGGCGGCGGGAGAGCUAGGAGGCAGCCAGAGGAGGUGGCAGUCGGGAGCCAAAUCAGAAGACCGGGAGGCAGAAGCUCACGAAUCCCAGGCGCGCACUCUCUUGGCCCAGGAUGGGUCCCGGCGCGGCCCAACCCCUGACCGGCCCGCCGGACAGAGACUGAAUUGCAGGUCCCCGUCGUCCUGUGGACGGCCGUAUAGAGGGAGGCACAGACCGAUCACCAAUAGCCUCCCGGCGGGACCUCGCGUUCUGCGCACCCCGUGCAGCGCCCCCAGCCGGAACCGCGCCGGGCAAGCCGGCGAGGGAGCGGGGCUGAUUGGCGGCCGCCGGCGGCCGGGGGAGGGGGCGCCGCGCGGGGCCAUGGCAGGCUCGGAGGCGUCCUAGCCCUAGCCCGAGCCGGAUCCGAGCCCGUGCUGCCGCCACAGCCACCUCUCCGCGCCCGGGCCCCCGCCGCCGCCGCGCCCCCUGCGGGAGAUGGAACAGAGGAACCGGCUCGGCGCCCUCGGAUACCUGCCGCCGUUGUUGCUGCACGCCCUGCUGCUCUUCGUGGCCGACGCUACAUUUACCGAAGUCCCCAAAGAUGUGACAGUACGGGAGGGAGACGACAUCGAAAUGCCCUGCGCAUUCCGGGCUAGCGGAGCCACCUCGUAUUCUCUGGAAAUUCAGUGGUGGUACCUCAAGGAGCCGCCCCGGGAGCUGCUGCACGAGCUGGCGCUCAGCGUGCCCAGCGCCCGGAGCAAGGUAACAAAUAAGGAUGCAACUAAAAUCAGCUUCAUGGAAAGAAGAUUCCCGCACAAGCAUCAGGAUGCCCCGGGCGGGGUGUUUGUGGAUGCAGAGCUGUGCCGCACCGGCCCUAACUUCGCCACAGACCCGCUCCUGUCCCUGCUCCUGUUAGCGCUGCAUAAGUUCCUCCGCCUGCUGGUGGGGCCCUGA